AUGGUUGGCGGGGAAAACAUCAUGGUUGGCGGGGAAACAUCAUGGUUGGAGGGGAAACAUCAUGGUUGGCGGGGAAACAUCAUGGCUGGCAGGGAAACAUCAAGGUUGGCGGGGAAACAUCAGGUUGGUGGGGAAAACAUCAUGGUUGGCGGGGAAACAUCAUGGUUGGCGGGGGAAAACAUCAUGGUUGGCGGGGAAACAUCAUGGUUGGCAGGGAAACAUCAUGGUUGGCGGGGAAACAUCAUGGUUGGCGGGAGAAAACAUCAUGGUUGGCGGGGAAACAUCAUGGUUGGCGGGGAAACAUCAUGGUUGGCGGGGAAACAUCAUGGCUGGCGGGAGAAAACAUCAUUGUUGGCGGGGAAACAUCAUGGUUGGCGGGGAAACAUCAUGGUUGGCGGGGAAACAUCAUGGUUGGCGGGGGAAAACAUCAUGGUUGGCGGGGAAACAUCAUGGUUGGCGGGAGAAAACAUCAUGGUUGGCGGGGAAACAUCAUGGUUGGCGGGGAAACAUCAUGGUUGGCGGGGAAACAUCACGGUUGGCGGGGAAACAUCACGGUUGACUGGGAAAAACAUCACGGUUGGCGGGGGAAAACAUCACGGUUGGUGGGGAAAAACAUCAAGGUUGGCAAGGAAAACAUCAAGGUUGGUGGGGGAAAACAUCAAGGUUGGCGGGGGAAAACAUCAAGGUUGGCGGGGGAAAACAUCACGGUUGGCGGGGAAAACAUCAAGGUUGGCGGGGAAAACAUCACGGUUGGUGGGGGAAAACAUCAAGGUUGGCGGGGGAAAACACCAAGGUUGGCGGGGAAAACAUCAAGGUUGGCGGGGGAAAACAUCAAAGUUGCCGGGGAAAACAUCAAAGUUGGCGGGGGAAAACAUCAAGGUUGGCGGGAAAAACAUCAAAGUUGGCGGGGAAAACAUCAUGCUUAGCGGGGAAACAUCGUGCUUAGCGGGAAAACAUCAAAGUUGGCGGGGAAAACAUCAAGGUUGGCGGGGGAAACAUCAAGGUUGGCGGGGAAAAACAUCACGGUUGGCGGGGGAAAACAUCACGAUUGGUGGUGAAAAACCUCAAG